GAGAGGGAGAAAGCUAAGCUGGGCUACGGGAAGCUGCGGUCAUUGGAAUUGUCCAGCCUCACUGGGCAGGACACUGGACCUCUUAGUGAUUUAAGCCAAUGUCCACUACUCUCCAGAUGUUUCUUGCAUUCUUUGGGACCCAAUUUGUCUAAGGCAGCUGAGGAACUGUGGGGCAUUGACCGAUUCACCUCCGGCCCUGUCCCAUUGGAUGUGGCAACUUCACACAGAGAGACAUCUUCCAAUUUGUCACUCCUGUACCUGAUCCCCGCCACCUUCUGCCCUGAGACGACGACAUAACUGGCAGUUCCCCAAUCCUCCAUCUGAUCUGGACUUCGAGGUUAUUCUUGGAUAUCCAGUCCCUUCCAGGGACCCGUAUCACAGGAGGGACUUGGCGCUAAUCGCAGAGUGGAUCGCUUUACGGUAUUGUGUGUGUAGCUUGUCUGCAGCAUGUUUUUACCCCUUGCCAACCACAGAGUAAAGGAGAGGAUGAGCAGCCGUGCUCCAAACGAUAUGUCUGACGCCCACAACAGCCCUCUCUUGGCAGAGUCUACAUCCGAGUCUGAGUUUAUGAAUCCUAGAUGGUCCACCAGGUCCCAAGACCCCCACCCAAGCCUGCCUCUUUUGGAAAUGCCUGAGGAACAGACUCUUCGAGCUGCCAUGGAGACCAGCCCCACGGUGAAAAUUGAAAAGCCCGGAGAAAAAAACAAACGGAGAGAAAAUGUCAUGAUGAAGCAGAACACAACCAGCCCAAGUGGCAUCAGUAUCUUCAGAACCAUGGGUUACCUCACUGGAGAGAUGAAAGAGUGCAGCAACUGGCUGAAAGAUAAGCCUGUAGCUCUUCAGUUCAUUGAUUGGAUCCUGAGAGGGACGUCCCAAGUGUUGUUCGUCAAUAACCCCCUCACCGGACUUAUCAUCUUAGCUGGACUCUUGGUCCAGAACCCCUGGUGGACCCUGGCCGGUGGCCUAGGGGCAGUGGUCUCAACUUUAACUGCUCUGGCUCUGAACCAAGACAGAUCGGCCAUUGCUUCAGGACUUCAUGGCUACAACGGGAUCCUGGUGGGGCUGCUGAUGGCCGUGUUCUCAGAAAAAGUGGACUAUUACUGGUGGCUCCUGUUUCCAGUCACUGUGACAUCCAUGGCCUGCCCGAUUCUUUCAAGUGCCUUGGGCUCCAUCUUCAACAAAUGGGACCUUCCUGUCUUCACACUGCCUUUCAACAUCGCCAUGUCCUUGUAUCUGGCAGCCACAGGACACUACAAUCUUUUCUUCCCCACCACCCUGGUGCAGCCUUUAUCGGCAAUGCCCAACAUCACCUGGUCUGAAAUGGACGUGCCUUUGCUGCUGCAAGCCAUCCCAGUCGGCGUAGGCCAGGUGUUCGGCUGUGCUAACCCCUGGACCGGUGGAGUAUUCCUGGUGGCCUUGUUCGUGUCCUCUCCACUCAUUUGCUUGCACGCUGCCAUCGGCUCAGCAGUGGGGAUGAUAGCAGCUCUUACUGUGGCCACCCCCUUCACCACCAUCUACGUAGGUCUUUGGAGUUACAACUGUGUCCUUGCCUGCAUUGCUAUUGGAGGAGUGUUCUAUGCUCUCACCUGGCAGACCCACCUGCUGGCCCUUAUCUGUGCGCUGUUCUGCGCCUAUAUGGGAGCGGCCCUCUCUAACAUGAUGUCAGUGGUUGGAUUGCCCACUUGUACCUGGCCCUUCUGCCUCUCAACCCUCACCUUCCUGUUACUGACUACCAACAAUGCUGCCAUCUACAAGUUACCACUCAGCAAAGUCUCCUACCCAGAAGCCAAUAGAAUGUAUUACCUGAUGAUGAGAGGAACGGAAGAGAAAAACCCCUCUGGUUUUGCACUAGGUGGUGCUGAGGAGCUACCUUCUCCUGGGAUUGAUGUGGGUGAGCGCAAAGAAGGUUUUCUCUUCAAGCCCAGGAGCGUGUUCCACAUCGAAUGGCAAUCUAUUCGGAGGAGAAGUAAAGUAUUUGGAAAAGCUGAAUACCAGGAGAGGCAGAUGAAAGACCAAUUCCCUUAUUCAUACAGAAAAUCGAAACAAGAAUUGCUUGACUUUGAAGACACCGUGAAGGACAGCACCUUAGUUAAGGUGGAAACGGGCAAUCCCAAGAGUUCCAGAACACCAAGCUCCACAAGCCCAAGAAGAAAAAGAGUGAGUCAGGCCUUCAGUUACAUCACAGGAGAAAUGAAAGCAUGUGGAGAAGGACUUAAAGACAAGUCUGCAGUGAUCCAGUUCCUUGACUGGGUCCUACGGGGUAUCUCUCAGGUCAUGUUUGUCAACAAUCCUCUCAGUGGCUUUAUCAUGAUCCUUGGGCUCUUGGUCCAGAACCCCUGGUGGGCAAUGUCAGGCUGCCUAGGAACUGUCGUCUCCACUUUAACCGCCCUGAUUCUGAGCCAAGACAGAAAAACCAUCGCAUCAGGACUCCAUGGUUACAACGGAAACCUGGUUGGAUUGCUGAUGGCUGUAUUCUCCGAGAAAGGGGAUUAUUACUGGUGGCUUCUGCUGCCUGUCACGAUUAUGUCCAUGUCAUGCCCAAUUCUUUCGAGCGCCUUAGGCUCCAUCUUCAGCAAAUGGGACCUUCCUGUCUUCACGUUGCCUUUCAACAUUGCUGUAUCCUUGUAUUUGGGGGCCACAGGACACUACAAUCUUUUCUUCCCCACCACUCUGGUGCGUCCAAUAUCGGCGAUGCCCAACAUCACCUGGUCCGAAAUCCAGGUGCCCCUGUUGCUGAGAUCCAUCCCCGUUGGAGUCGGUCAGGUGUAUGGCUGUGAUAACGCCUGGACCGGAGGCAUUUUCCUGUUGGCUUUGUUUAUAUCCUCCCCACUCAUAUGCUUGCAUGCUACCAUUGGUUCCACUGUGGGGAUGUUAGCAGGACUUACCUUGGCCACGCCGUUUGACAUGAUCUACUUUGGUUUGUGGGGCUUCAACAGUGCUCUGGCUUGUGUAGCAAUAGGAGGAAUGUUCUAUGUCAUCACCUGGCAGACACAUCUUCUGGCAGUUGCCUGUGCAUUCUUUUCAGCUUAUCUAGGAGCUGCUCUUGCAAAUAUGAUGUCUGUGUUUGGAUUGCCUGCCUGUACUUGGCCCUUCUGCCUCUCUACCCUCACCUUCCUGUUACUGACGACCAACAAUGCUGCCAUCUGCAAGUUGCCACUCAGCAAAGUCUCCUACCCUGAAGCCAACAGAACGUAUUAUCUGUCCCAGGAAAAGAACCGAAGGGCCUCUUUAGUAACCAAGUAUCAGGCAAACGUGGUUUCCUAAAGCACUUUCAAAAAUCAAUGGGAAAGAAUGGUUACCUAAAAACGAAUCACCAUCUCUGAUUUUUCUCCUCUUAAAAUUUCACUGAUUCCCCACUCCAGCUGUGAUCCUACCAAAAGAAGAAUUCUCCAUAAAGUUAUUUCUGUGAAAAUAUACUGUUUGUCUUCCCAUAAAAAUGACAUUUAGUUUCCUAAAAUGCAUCCUCAUUGCUGAUAGCAUUCUGAUGGAUUAGUGCUUACCUUUGAAGGAUUGCCCUAGAACAAUUAAGUUGAAAGGUUGCAGCUGAACCCUGGAUAAAAUAGCACCAGAACGACUGAAGGAGAUUUUCAAAAGCUAAUGAGACGUUAAUAUGUUAUUGAUUUAGGUAUCCAGUAGGAAGAAUCUAAAUUAGUUUCUAUCCUACCACCUGCUCAGGUCAAUGUAAUCCAUCUUGAGGAGAAAUGGUUGCUUGAUCUACUCAAGAAUUAUCAACAUGACCACUCUAUAGCAAAAUAGGGGAAAAAAAGUCAUAUUCAAGUCAAAUAGAAACUGGAGAAGAGAAUCCAAAACUUUUUUUUUAAUGGUAUUUGUUAAGGCCUUACCAUGUGCCAGUAACUGUUCUAAGCACCAGGGUAAA